AUAAGAUUCCUGGGUUUUUAGACAUCUAAGUCUGGCAGCCAACUUCACAUAGGUUUUUCAAAAUAGGUUAGAAAUCAAGAUAUAUGUAAUGUAUCUGUGGCUCCCUUCUCUUGUCUAAGAUAUGUGGUAUAUCCAUAUUCAGAUCGCAAUAAUUACCUCAAUAAAGCUCGUAAUAUACCACAUCUAAUUAGUUUCUUUAAAUUCAGUUGGACAAGAUAAAUACAUUUUUCAGAGGUUACUAAUAUGGCAAAUGGACCAAUAGCAGAAAGAAAUCGAGAUGCUACUAUAUAUGUUGGAGGCUUGGAUGACAAAGUGUCGGAAUCUCUUUUAUGGGAACUUUUUGUUCAAGCUGGACCAUUGGUCAAUGUUCAUAUGCCCAAAGAUCGGGUAACUAUGAUGCAUCAGGGAUAUGGAUUCGUUGAAUUCAUGGGCGAAGAAGAUGCUGACUAUGCUAUUAAAAUAAUGAAUAUGAUUAAAUUAUAUGGAAAGCCUAUUCGAGUCAAUAAAGCCUCCGCACACCAAAAAAAUUUAGAUGUUGGGGCUAAUAUCUUCAUAGGAAAUUUGGAUCCUGAAGUUGAUGAAAAAUUGUUAUAUGACACAUUCUCUGCAUUCGGAGUCAUUUUGCAAACUCCUAAG